GGACCAACAGAACAUCAAAGAGGUAUUAAAAUAUGAAAAAAUGUUGCUAUGUGAUGGAAAACAGCACCUUACAGAAAGCCUGAGAGAAAAGUGCUUUAGGAUAAAAGAGCUUCUGAAGAGAUACACAGAGAUGGAUAGUCAUUAUGAGUGCUUAAAUGGACUCUGUCUUGACUUGGAGAGGGAAAUUGAAACCCAAAGAGAGCUUUCAAUUAGAGUAAACGCAAACCUCUCACUUCCACAUCCACAAACCAGACAGAUUCAGAAACUUCUCACUGCCAACCAGAGAUGUUCCAUGGAGUUCCACAGAGUCAUGAAGAAACUCAAGUAUGUGUUAAGCUAUGUUACAAAGAUAAAGGAAGAACAACAUGAAUCCAUCAGUAAACUUGAAAUGGUUUUUAUUGAUGAAGUGGAAAAGCAAAAUGAACUGCUAAGUAAAAUGCAGCAUCUUCAACAAGAUGAUGAUGUACCAUCCAGAGAAUUAGGGGACCUCCAGUUGAGCCAGAAAAUGGAUCUACAUAUUGAGGAAAUUCUCAAAGAUUUUUCGGAAUGUGACUUCCACAGCGUAAAGAUGGAAUUUCAACAAGUACUGAGUAAUAGGAAAGAAAUGACCCAGUUUUUGGAAGAGUGGUUGAAUACUCAUUUUGAUAUAGAAAAGCUUAAAAAUGGCAUCCAGAAAGAAAAUGAUAGGAUUUGUGAAGUGAAUAUCUUUUAUAAUAAAAAGAUAAUUGCUAUAAUAAAUGAAUCAACAGAGUUUGAGGAAAGAAAUGUGACCAUCACCAAAGAAUGGGAACAUGACCUGAAAUCAGUGAAAGAGAAAAAUGAAAAACUGUUGAAAAACUAUCAAACUUUGAAGAUCUCUCGAACAUCUGGUGCCCUUGUUAAUCCUACUACACAAGGCGAUAAGAAUCUUCAUGUCACAUCAAGAGCUACACAACUAACCACAGAGAAGAUUCAAGAGCUGGAAACUUCACUACGUGAGGCUAAAGAAACUGCCAUGCAAAAGGAAGACAAGAUUAUAAAGAUGCAGAAAGAGCUUGAGAUGACUAAUGAUAUAAUAGCAAAACUUCAAUCACAAGUUAAUGAAUCAAAUAAAUGCCUUGAAAAAACAAAAGAAAUGAUCCAAGUACUUCAGGACAAAGUUGCUUUAGGAGCUAAGCCCUAUAAAGAAGAAAUUGAAGAGCUCAAAACAAAGCUGGUGAAAAUAGACCUAGAGAAGAUGAGAAAUGCCAAGGAGUUUGAAAAGGAAAUUACUUGUACAAAAGCCACUGUAGAACAUCAAAAAGAAGUUAUAAGGCUAUUGAGAGAAAAUCUUAGACGAAAUCAGCAGGCCCAAGAUACUUCAAUGAUAUCAGAACAUACUGGUUCUCAGCCUUCAAGGAAACCCUUAACCUGUGGGGGUGGCAGCGGCAUUGUACAAAGCACAAGAGCUCUUAUUUUGAAAAGUGAAUAUAUACGGCUAGAAAAGGAAAUUUCUAAGUUAAAGCAGCAAAAUGAACAGUUAACAAAGCAAAGGAAUGAACUGUUAAGCAAUAAUCAUCAUCUUUCCAAUGAGGUCAAAAUGUGGAAGGAGAGAACUCUUAAAAGAGAAGCUCACAAAGAAGUGACUUGUGAGAAUUCUCCAAAGUCUCCUAAAGUGACCGGACCAGCUUCUCAAGAGAGACAGCAUACGCCUUCUCAAUGCAAGGAACGGAAUUUACAAGAUCCUGUGCCAAAGGACUCACCGAAAUCUUGGUUUUUUGAUGGCCGAUCAAAGUCUUUCCCAGCACCUCACCCAGUUUGCUAUUUUGCUAACUCAAGUCUAGGCCUCCGCCCAGAAGAACAAACUGCUGGAGCAGAGAGUGUGGAUCCUCAGCCAGGCCCUUGGCACGCCUCCUCAGGACAAGCUGUGCCCGAGUGCAAGACUCAGUAAACUCUGCUGUCACUUUUCUAGGGGCCUAGUGUUCCUUAUUUAGAAAUGACUGUAUUUGUUACUUUAUUUUUCUAUCCCUGGCAAUGAUGUCACAGUCCAACUUAAUUUCAAUUCAGUUUGCACUUUGCCAUUAGAAAUUGAGGCAUUCCAGUCAUUUAGAAUGGUGAUAGACUGCCUUCUUCCUGAAUGUGGUAAUACUUUAGAAGUUGAAUUGUUUUAUUUAUUUAUAUAUUUUGUGAAGAAUAAAGUUA